AUGGCGAUUGCCAAAGUGGAGCAGCGGAUGAACCUGAAAUUUCUAGCGAAACUGAACAAAUCUCCGAGCGAGUGCUUGAAGCUGGUGCAAGAGGUGUACGAUGAUAAUGCGAUGUCACGUAUGCGAGUGUUUGAGUGGCAUAAACGGUUUACCGAGGGAUGGGAAAACGUUGAAGACGACGAAAGACCGGGUCGGCCCGUCACAGCAACAACGGAAGAAGUCGUUGAGAAAAUUAAUGCAAUUGUUCGCAACGAUCGCAGACUAAGCAUACCGAUGAUAGCAGAAAUGGUGAAUGUUGACAAACAACCCGUACGACAAAUUUUGCACGAACAGUUGAACAUGCGCAAGAUCCGCGCCAAACUCGCAGACCUGUAA